AUGGCCGUCCUUCCGAAAUCUUCGUUCAUUCUACCAAGAGAGAAGAAGAUACCUGAGAAGAAAGAACCGACGAAAUGGGAGAAAUAUGCGGCAGAAAAGGGUUUGACCAAAAAGAAGAAAAGCAAAAAGGUGUUUGAUGAAGCAACGAAAGAAUGGAAGCCAACAUAUGGCUACAGAAGAGGAAAUGAUAAUACCAAGGAUUGGCUGAUAGAAAUUCCUGACAACGCU